UUUUGGUACCGAGCGGAGAGGGAGAUGCACACGGCACACUCGCGCUGAGAAACAGAAAUGAAGGUACACAUGCACACACAAUUUUGCCUCAUUUGUUUGCUGACAUUUGCCUUUCACCAAUGCAACCACUGCCACGCAGACGGGCACAAACACCACCACAAUGACUAUCAGAUCUCGGAGGAGCCAUACCUCCAGAACGGAAGGACGGAGCCCCCGCCGAGCAAAGAAGCUGAAGACGCACAGAAGUACUACAUUGAAAAACUCUUUGACCACUACAGCGAAAAUGGGAAAUUGUCCUUUUGGGGUCUGGAGAAAUUGCUGACAAGCCUUGGCCUCGGAGAAGUCAAAGUGGUGGAGAUAAGCCAUGAGGACGUUGGCCACGAUUAUGUUUCUCAUUUAGAUCUAAUAGAGGUGCAAGAAGGAAGGCAUUCCCACUCCCACAACCAUCCUCAUUCUCAUAGUCACUCAGGUUCAGAAAACCAGACUGUAAGCGAGAGGUCUGCCAGAAGAUCCCAGAAGUGUGACCCUGAAAAAGAAGCCACGGAUUCGUCUUUGAAACCUGAUGGCAAACAUGCUCAUGACCAUAAUCUCAGGCACCGCGGGCGCCACCACCACCACCUGCACCGCCAUCUUGGUCAUAACGGCAGUCACCAUUCACAUAAUGAUUCAGCGAGGGCCAGUGACCACGGGGAGCCGAGUCAUGAGCCUUCCACAGAAACCAACACGACUCAAGAACAGCGUGAAGGAAAGCCACGCAAGAAGACGAAAGUGAGGAAGAAGAGUGGCGACACAUUGAUAGAGGCGUCACAAGACGUCGCCCCAGAGCGGGACUCCCAUGAACAGUCUGAACACAAUCGUGUUCACAAGCAUGGCAAUGCACACCAUGUAUCUGUCUCGCACCCGCAGCUUCAAGACCGCGGUCAUGACCACGCAGCUGCUCACGGGCAACAUGACCCCAGCCCAGCCAGCGGAGAUGGACAACACCAUGCUAGAAAGCGGGAAGCACCUCAUAAACAAAUUAGCGUGGAAAAGCAAGGUGUUUUUUCUACACAUAGUCACAAGGACCAUAACGAAGAUGAACAUCACCAUGAAGAGUGUCUAAACAUCACCCAGCUGCUAAGGCAUUAUGGUCUCCGCCCCAGUUCUCCGAUUGACCACACAGUGUUUACAUACCUGUGUCCUGCACUGCUGUACCAGAUUGACAGGAGGCUGUGUAUUGACCAUUAUGAUGAUCUGCUGAUCGAAGACUUGAGUAAAGGAAGAAAUGCUUCGCUUGAGCAUAUGGAUAAAACGGGUGCAUCAGCCUGGAUCUGCGGCAUCAUUUCUAUCACGGUCAUUAGCCUGCUCUCCUUGCUAGGUGUGAUCUUGAUUCCUAUCAUUAACCAAGGGUGCUUCAAAUUCCUGCUCACCUUCCUGGUUGCUCUCGCUGUAGGAACCAUGAGCGGAGAUGCACUGCUUCAUCUGUUGCCACAUUCACAAGGGACGCACAACCACAGUCAUCACGAGAGCCCGGGCCAUUUGCACGAGAAGCACCAGCAUUUUCAUGGCCAUUCCCACGAACACGAAGGGUUCCUGGAAGAGUACGACGCCGUGCUGAAGGGGCUGGUGGCGCUGGGAGGGAUUUACCUUCUGUUUAUCAUCGAGCACUGCUUAAGGAUGUUCAAGCACUACAGCAAACAAAGGACCAAACAGAAAUGGUGCAAGAAGAAGCAGAAGACUGAUGAGUCGCCAGUUGGGAGGAAACUCUCCGAUCACAAGCUGAACAGGCCUGACGCCGACUGGCUUCAGCUGAAGCCUCUCGCAGGAGCAGAUGACUCCGUCCUAUCUGACGAUCGACUUCACGAAACUGAGUUGACUGACCUGGACGGUCACCUAGACUCCUUGCCAAAGAGCUUCCUGUCUGCGGAAGAGGAAAACAGCAUGCUCAAUUCCCACAACGAUAUCUCCCACGUUGUGCGAGACAACAACCACCCUGACGUGGAGGAUGCUAGCAACCACCGGGAAGACAAAAUCAUCCUGAGGAAGCACAACCACCUUUGGUCGCACAAACAUUCCCACCACUCUCAUGGCCACUGCCAUUCUGGCAAAGACCUGAAAGACACGGGCAUAGCAAAUAUAGCUUGGAUGGUGAUCAUGGGAGACGGGAUCCACAAUUUUAGCGACGGCUUAGCCAUCGGAGCAGCGUUCAGUGCUGGCUUGACGGGAGGGAUUAGCACGUCCGUAGCAGUAUUUUGUCACGAGCUUCCCCACGAACUGGGGGACUUUGCUGUGCUUCUGAAAGCGGGCAUGACGGUGAAGCAGGCCAUUGUUUACAACCUCCUCUCGGCCAUGAUGGCUUACGUGGGGAUGCUGAUAGGAACGGCUGUGGGGCAAUUCGCCAACAACAUCACACUCUGGAUCUUCGCCGUCACUGCCGGCAUGUUCCUCUAUGUAGCCCUGGUGGAUAUGCUUCCAGAGAUGCUUCAUGGUGACGGCGACAACGAAGAGCAUGGCUACUGUCCGGUGGGGCAGUUCAUCCUCCAGAAUUUAGGGCUUCUCUUGGGAUUCGCCAUUAUGUUGGUGAUCGCCCUUUACGAAGACAAAAUAGUGUUGGACAUCCAGUUUUGACCAUUCCCACAACUCUGCUGUG